CGACAACAUCAUGAAAGUGAAGUCAUCAAACAGUUGUUUGGGUUAAACUAUUGUUUCGUUUGACUUUUGAUAUAAUGUUGGCUUCGAUUGAAGGAAGAAAAUAGUCACGUGAUCUUCUGUGUUGGUAUGAAAUCUGCGUUAUCUUAAAUGUUGGGUUUAGCGAACUGGCGAAUACACAUCCACCGAACUGCUGAUGGCCAUGGAAAUUUAGUACACACACCAUCAUGAUUGAAUUUUGUACAAAGAAACGUAUGCUUAUAGCUCUCUUCGGCUUACUAAGUGUGUCUUUUGUUAUUCUGCUGGUACAGAGUGCCUGGUCAACCCACCAUUCCAUAGGGGACUUCAACACAUUACAAGGGAGAAAAAGUAGAAAUGAGAGCUGUUUAUCAGGAAAGGAGAAAAUAGUGGAAGCCUGUCAUGUCUGUUCCAAGUUAGAACUGAAAAGGCAACUGUCUUCCUGUGUGAAUACCGGGUAUAUGGAAGUGAUUGAGUGUGAGGAUAAAAAAAGAAUCCAAAGAAAAUGCGACAUUGAUCCACACAUCCACCAGACAAGAUUCUGGGUGUUUGAGCUGAUAUGUCUCCUGGUUGGAGUAGCAUCCUAUACUAUGGUCAGAAAGAGACAGAAAAGACUAGACACAUCCCUAAUGGAGAAAAUAAACAAGCAAAUCUCUGAAGGAGUAUGAGGUUUUGUGAUGGACUCAUUGUAUAUGUGGCUUUACGGGAAAUAUCAUUCAGAUUAUUUAUGGGAGUGACAGACAACAAUUGUGUGUAUUAAUAAUGUGUGAUUUUGUAUGCAAAUCUUACACUUCUUCAGAACAAACCUGUGACCUGUACAUCUGAACCAGAGGAGAAUUGUGACUUGAUGAGGAGUGUGAAAGGGGAAAUAACUCUGAUAUACCCAUCAGAACUCAUUAGUGUCAAACAUUGUUGUGUAUAUUAAUGUUGAGUUAAUUAAACAAUAUGUUGGUUAGAAUCACUUGUUGUGGUUUAGACAUUUAAAUACAGUGUCAUAAUGACAACUGGAUCUUUGGUGCUGGGUACAGCUAGUGUAAGUCAUAUAGCUGAGUGUUAGUGUUUACAAAGAUGGUGAUUGUCAAAAUUAUGAUGAAAUGACAGAUUUUAUAUUCAUGACAUUUUUUGUUGAACAAGAUUUUGUUUGAAGAAAAGUCAUUGUGGCAAAUGUACAGAAUAAAUGAAAAAAAGUG